AUGAACCACGCUCAUGGCCUCUUUUUUAAAACUACAGAGCUGAGAAAUACGGAACCGCAAAGACGACGACCUGAAAGCGCGCGCAAUUCUUCCUCCCCAACGCCUAAAUCGCGCGGCCCGCGUUUCCGACAAUGGCCACCGCCACCUUCUUCAACCCCCCCGCCGCCGCCGCCUCCGCCGCCGUCAACAACGGUCCUCUCCUCCACCCCGCCGCCUCCUCGCAGCCGCCUUCCCUGCUCCGCCUCCGCCUCUCCCUCCGCUCCGCCUCCCCCGCCUCCCUCGCCACCCUCCGGAGCCGCCCUCCCCCACAUAGCCUUCUGCUCCGGCGGCAAUGGCGGCCGCUCCGGCGGCGGGGGCUGGGGCGGGGACGACGGGUCCUCCUCCGGCGGCGGAGGGGGCGGCGACAAUGCCGGCGACAAUAACAAGAAGGAGGCGCUCAUGGUGCUGGCGGAGGCCGGUCGAGGCGUGGAGAGCUUGCCGGGGGACUUGGCGGCGGCUCUUGGCGAUGGGAGGAUCCCGGGGUCGGUGGUGACGAGGUACUUCGAGCUGGAGAAGUCGGCGCUGUUCCGUUGGUUGCUUCAGUUCGGCGGGUUUAAGGAAAGGUUGUUGGCUGACGAUCUGUUCUUGGCCAAGGUCGGGAUCGAAUGCGGCGUCGGGCUCUUCACUAAGACCGCCGCGGAGUAUUCACGCCGGGGAGAGAAAUUUUUCGAUGAGCUGGAAAUAGUUUUCGCCGAUGUGGUAAUGGCAAUACUUGCGGAUUUCAUGCUUGUUUAUCUCCCCGCUCCAACGGUUUCUCUUCGGCCUGCCCUUGCAACCAAUGCUGGGUCACUGGCAAAGUUCUUCUAUAGCUGUCCUGACAAUGCAUUUCAGAUUGCACUUCCUGGAUCAUCAUAUUCAUUCUUACAGAGGAUAGGUUCCAUACUGCGUAAUGGCACAAAGCUUUUUGCAGUUGGCACUGCAUCAUCAUUGGUUGGUACAUUUGUGACAAAUGCCUUGAUUAACGCAAAGAAGGCUGUUGAUAACUCUUCUGGUGAAGUGGAAAAUGUACCGAUUUUGUCAACUAGUGCUGCCUACGGUGUUUACAUGGCUGUUUCAAGUAAUCUCAGGUACCAACUACUGGCUGGUGUAAUUGAGCAGAGGAUGUUAGAGCCCUUGCUACACCAACACAAAUUCAUGCUUAGUGCUAUUUGCUUCGCUGUUCGAACCGGCAACACAUUCUUAGGCUCACUAUUGUGGGUAGACUAUGCGCGUUGGAUAGGUAUUCAGUAGACCCAAGAUCAAACAAUUUGUUUGAUUCUCUCUGUGAAGACAUUUGAAACGUCAAUCCACAUAUCAGCAAGCGGCAAUCCUUGAAGUUGUUGCUGGUUUUGAUUCAUACAAACCGAGGCUUCUCUCAGUAUGACUGGUUUAUUGUACACAUGAUUUAUCCUACAAAUAAAUGACCUUGAAUUUAACUUUCAGAUUUCUUCUUACUUAUGGGUCUCAAGAGUGCUCUAAGAAAUAUAUGUAGUUCAGACGUCAGCGGUAUCAUACGGUUGUAAUCCUGGACGAGUUGAAGAAUCUUGGAUGAAGUUUCCAUUAUCAUCGUGAACACAAACAUUUUGGAUAUUCUUACCACUAAUAGUUUUGUUCUUUGGCAGUAA